CAUUCGUCUCGACCAAUCAGCGACCUCUAAAGCGUCGGCAGCGCUCGCUAAGGAGUUAGCUUCACGCAGCCACAUUGCGUUACAGCGUUUCUUGUUUUCCGCGUUUAUAUAUAUAUUUUUUGUAUUUAAUCGAAAAACAAAGGGACGUUAAUUAGUCUCGCUAAAGGAGGUAAUCAGUCGACACCAAACUGAAGCGAUGACGGGCUCAAACGAGUACAAGCUGAAUCAGGGGCCGGAGGACAGCAUCUCUGCUGUCAAGUUCAGCCCCAGCACAACCCAGUUCCUGCUGGUUUCCUCCUGGGACUGUUCUGUCCGUCUCUAUGACGUUGCCAGUAACACCAUGCGGAUGAAGUACCAGCACUCGGCUCCGGUUCUCGACUGUGCUUUUUAUGACCCAACACAUUCUUGGAGUGGAGGCUUAGACGCACAAUUAACAACUCAUGAUUUGAACACAGACCAAGAUACGAUAGUUGGAACACACGAUGCCCCCAUUCGUUGCGUGGAAUACUGCCCAGAGGUCAAUGUCAUGGUAACAGGUAGCUGGGACAGAUCAGUUCGACUGUGGGACCCAAGGACACCCUGCAAUGCUGGAACCUUUACUCAGCCUGAAAAGGUUUACACGCUCUCUGUGGCUGGAGAUAGGCUGAUCGUUGGCACAGCUGGAAGACGAGUCCUGGUGUGGGAUUUGAGGAACAUGGGUUACGUCCAGCAGAGAAGAGAGUCCAGUCUCAAAUAUCAGACUCGCUGCAUCAGAGCUUUCCCCAACAAACAGGGCUACGUCUUGAGUUCAAUCGAGGGACGUGUAGCUGUGGAGUACCUGGACCCAAGCCAGGAGGUUCAGAAGAAGAAGUAUGCCUUCAAGUGCCACAGGCUGAAGGAGGAUGGAAUUGAGCACGUUUACCCCGUCAAUGCCAUCUCAUUUCACAGUGUUCAUAACACCUUCGCCACGGGUGGUUCAGACGGCUUCGUGAACAUCUGGGACCCGUUCAACAAAAAGCGCCUGUGUCAGUUCCACAGAUACCCGACUAGCAUCGCCUCACUGGCCUUCAAUAACGACGGCACCAUGCUCGCAAUCGCCUCCUCCUACAUGCACGAGAAGGGAGAUAUCAGCCACCCAGAGGACGCCAUCUUCAUCCGCCAAGUCACAGAUGCCGAGACCAAGCCCAAAUCAACCUAAGUCCACCCUGGAAUGGCUCCCUCUGCGCAUGAGGUCACAUUUGGGUUAUCUGCUGGCAUCCAGUGUACCAUUACCACAUCAUUUCCUGUCCUUUCUUUCUAUCGUGUUUGUGAAAGCUUUUCCAGGCCCUUGUUAAAUAUUUUAUUGUCUUGUGUAUGUUCUUAUCAACUAUUGUUUUUCUUGACUAAAACCGAUUUUAAUUUACACCUUUUGAUAUUUUUUUUGCUUGGUCAUUUUGGAGUUGUUGAUUUUCUGAAACAUGGACUCAACAUUUAAAACAACACUGAAGCUGACCUUGAAUCAGUCUUUUCCCUACUGAUAUGAGUUUGACACUUGCAGUCUAUAAUAAACGUUUUUAUGUAAAAGUUUGA